CGGCUGUCAAUGUCACCAAUGUCAUUUUAACACAAUUUUAACACGAGGAUCCUGAAAAGUGUUCUGAUAAAUGCAUUUUUUAAUAUUUUUAUACUCAUCACAGUCUUGUGUGAAAUAAUAUUUGCAUAACAGAAAGGGCAAAAUAAUGUUCCAGUGAACCAAUUUCAUUAACCCCUAAGAUGUCAUUGGUUACAAUGCAGAGGUUUGCAAUUUUCAGAGCAUACCAAAGGGUGCUUUCACGACGCCCUUACUUAGUCCAAGCUAUUCAGACUGGUGCACUUAUGGGCGCAGGAGACCUAAUCUCUCAAACUAUAAUAGAAAAAAAAUCUUUUAAACAAAUAGAAUGGCAAAGAAGUGCGAGGUUUUCGUGUAUCGGACUGUUUAUUAUCGGACCAACUUUACGUGUUUGGUAUGGAGUACUUAAUAAACAUAUAGGACACACAGGCAAAACUGUUGCAGUCAAAAAAGUGUUUUUAGAUCAAGUUGUAUUUGCGCCUAUGGUGUUAUGCUCACUACUCUGCAUAGUGGGUGCUUCCCAGGGCAAAAACUGGGAUUCUAUUAAACAAGAUUUGAAUACAAAUUAUAUAGAUAUCUUAAAAGCAAACUACAUGCUUUGGCCGUGGGUGCAGCUACUAAACUUCUAUUAUAUACCACUUCAUUAUCAAGUUCUGUUUGUACAAUGUGUAGCAUUAUUCUGGAACACAUAUCUGGCAUGGAAGACUAACAAGAUCUGUGAAAAGAAAUAGGUACAUAGGUAAUUUUAAAAUCAGUAAUGGAAAGUGUAUAUUUAAAUAAUCCUUGAAGUCUCUCUAUUAUUAAUUAUGUAGGUUUUUCAUAUCAAGGUUAAAUAAAAGAUAAACAGGUAGUCAACCAGAAAAUCUAACAAUAAAACCAAUGUAAAUAUUAGAAUGUAAAAAAUAAAAAAGUAGUAGUGUUUUUGAGAUAUAAAAUAUAAUAUUGUGUAUUUUAAAUAAUUCUAUUACUUUUUUUGUUAUACUGUCCUUGAUUGCUUGACAUACAAAAAUUUGUACAAAGUAUGUAUUAAAGCGAGCUAAGUAUAAUACUAAAUUAGUUUCAAUGGUCAGUAUUUAAAUUUGUGUAUUCAUACAAUUUUAAUUUUACUAAUAAGAGUACUGAGAUGUUGCAGUUACCAAAUAUAAUAAGUAUUGUAAUUUAUUUCGUAUCAUAUUGAAAUUUUUACAUAUUGGUUUCCUACAUUUAUAAAGAUGUGAUUAACUA